UUUUUUAAAAAAAUUCUUUCUACUUUAAAAAAAUGCUUCCUUCUGAGAUUAUUGCAUUAUGUUUAUAUUUGAAUGCCUCUGCAGACUCUGAUAUUUGUUGCAAAUACAGUAGGAAAUAGGACUUCAAGUUCUUAGGAUUGUAGAUUAGAAUUGAAUGGGUGAGCACCUCAAAUUUGAUGUGAUCUCUAUGAGUAUUUGUGGUUUACAAUAUCCACAAGUCGGGGUGGAUAUUUGGUCCAGAAAUUAAGAUGUUACUUGGGACACCCACAUUCCAUAUUAGUGUCUGGGUUUGAGUCCUGCCUGAGCUUCCAAUUCCAGCUUCGUGCUAAUGCACUCCCUGGAGGCAGCAGAUGUCUCCAGUACUUCCGUCAGUGCCUUGCACAAGGGAGAUGUGAAUUGAGUUCCGGGCUCCUGGCUUUGCCUGCCUCCCAGCCCUGGCUGUUGCAGGCAUUUGGAGAGUGAACAAGUGGAUGGAAGAUCUACCUCUGUUCUCUGUUUCUGUCCCUCUUCUGCCUUCCAAAUAAAGAUUUUUUAAAAUGGGGCCGGCACUGUGGUAUGGCAGGUAACCAGCCACUCUCUUCAGUGCCAACAUCCUGAAUGGGCGCUAGUUCGAGACCUGACUGCUCUACUUCUGAUCCAGCUCUCUGCAAUGGCCUAGGAAAACAGCAGAAGAUGGCCCAAAUCCGUGGGCCCCUGUACCUGUGUAGGUCUGAGACCCAGAAGAAGCUCCUGGCUUCGGAUCAGCCUAGCUCUGGCCGCUGCAGCCAUCUGGGGGGUGAACCAGUGGAUGGAAGACCUCUCUUUAUCUCUGCCUCUCCUCUCUCUGUGUAACUUUCUCUCUUUCAAAUAAAUAAAAGCAUUUUAAAAAUAAAAUAAAAUUGAAUAAAUCGCUAGUGUAUGUCCAGUCAGGCUCCUGGCAGGAAACAGAUGGUCCAUUCAAAAUGGGUGCCUUGAGGAGAAGCUAAGCAGCAUAGAUAUGGAUAGGGUUAAACCAUGAGGGCAGGCGUUUAUUCUUGGGCUGAAGAUACCAGUUAGGACAUUCAUGUCCCACGCUGGAGUGCCUGGCUUGAGUCCAAGCUGGUCUGUGCUUCUGAUCCAGCUUCCUGCUACUACACCUGGGAAGCUGUAGGUGAUGCCCAGAUGCUUGGGUUUCUGGCCAGCAUGAGGAGAUCCAAAUGGAGGUCCUGGAUCCUGGAUUCUACCUGGCCCAGCCCUGGCUAUUAGAGGCUUUCGGGGGAUGAACCAGUGGAUGGAAGAUGUUUCUCAUCUCUGCCUUUCAAAUAAAUAAAAAUAAGUUAAUUAAGAGUCAUAAAAAAGCAUCAAAGGACAGUUCUGGGUCCCAGCAUGCCUCAUGCCUGGGAGCCGUUGCACUCCUGGGCUUGAAGAGGUCGGAGGAGGAAGUAGUUACUAGCAGUUGAGAAGGCAGCUGUAUGAAGAGUGCCAAAUGCUAAAGACUGGGGCUUUGAUAAAGGUUCUCAGUGAGUCCCAGCCAGUAUGUAGGGAGGGAGCCAGGGACCAGGCUCCUGACCACACUGUCUAGUCGGCUGCUGCUGCCUGUAUGAGGCCAGAGGCCAGGGACUCCCUCUGAUGCUGACCACAUAUGUCAGCCUCCCGAAGCACACAAUGGGAUUGAAACGGCAGACUGGAUGUGGGAGGGCAGGUGGCAGACACAUAGUGACCACGUGGGACCUUGCCCAUUCUUUCUCUCCCAAUUCACAUUAUCUUUUGAUCAGGCACAGUUCACAAAUGCUGUGUAUUCAGAGAAUUACUGUGGCUGGCCAUAAGAAUGAGUUCAUCUAUUUUUUUUGAAAGAUCGUUUAUUUGAGAGAAAGAGAGAGAGGGAGGGAGAUUUUCCAUCUGUUGGUUCAUUCCCCAGAUGGCUGCAACAGCCAAGGCUGAAGCCAGGACAGUAGCUUCAUCCAGGUCUCCUAUGAGGGAGACAGGAGCCCAAACUUGGGUCAUCUUCCACUGCUUUUCCCAGGCUGUUAGCAAGGAGCAGAAUCGGAAAUGGAGCAGCUGGGAUGGGAGAUGAUGUUGCAGGCAGCGGCUUUACCUGCUAUGCCACAGUGCUGGCCCCGGGAAUUCAUUGGCCACCAACUUUUAAAAUAAUGUAAUUUUUGUGUGAUGGCAAACAUUUAGGUUCUAGGGCUAACUGUGGCACUUAAUAGCUAGAGUGAGCAAGGAUACAAGGGUGACCUAACCAUUGUAGAAAAUGAAAGUUGAAAAAGCCCUAGAAACUGAAGCGUUAUACACUGUGAAAGUGUUUCACAUGCCCUGUAGCUGCAGCUUGCCUGACAAUGAGCGAGUUUCACGUUUAUGUUCUGGUUCCCAGCACGAGUGUAUCUCUAUCCAUGUGGCGCAGGCGGGCGUCCAGAUCGGCAACGCCUGCUGGGAGUUGUACUGCCUUGAACAUGGCAUUCAGCCCAACGGUCAGAUGCCAAGUGACAAAACCAUCGGUGGCGGUGGCGGUGAUGACUCGUUCAACACGUUCUUCAGUGAGACGGGGGUGGGCAAGCAUGUGCCCAGAGCCAUGUUUGUUGACCUGGAGCCCACGGUGGUUGACAAAGUGCGCACGGGCACGUACAGGCAGCUGUUCCACCCGGAGCAGCUGAUCACCGGGAAGGAAGACGCGGCCAACAAUUACGCCAGGGGCCAUUACACCAUCGGCAAGGAGAUCGUGGACCUCGUGCUGGACCACAUCCGCAAACUGGCGGACCUGUGUACGGGGCUGCAGGGCUUCUUCAUCUUCCACAGCUUUGGGGGUGGCACCGGCUCCGGGUUCGCAUCUCUGCUCAUGGAGCAGCUGUCGGUGCACUAUGGCAAGAAGUCCAAGCUGGAGUUUGCCAUCCACCCAGCGCCGCAGGUUUCCACGGCCGUGGUGGAGCCGUACAACUCCAUCCUGACCACCCACACGACCCUGGAAUAUUCUGAUUGUGUCUUCAUGGUGGACAAUGAAGCUAUCUAUGACAUCUGUCGGCGCAACCUGGACAUCGAGCGUCCCACGUACACCAACCUCAACCGCCUGAUCAGGCAGAUCGUGUCAUCCAUCACGGCCUCCCUGAGAUUCGACGGGGCCCUGAACGUGGACUUGACGGAGUUCCAGACCAGCCUGGUGCUGUACCCCCGCAUCCACUUCCCGCUAGCCACCUACGCCCCGGUCAUCUUGGCGGAGAAGGCCUACCACGAGCAGCUGUCCGUGGCCAAGAUCACCAAUGCCUGCUUUGAGCUGGCCAAUCAGAUGGUGAAGUGUGACCCUUGCCAUGGCAAGUACAUGGCCUGCUGCAUGCUGUACAGGGGUGACGUAGUCCCGAAGGAUGUCAACGCGGCCAUCGCCACCAUCAAGACCAAGCUCACCAUCCAGUUUGUGGACUGAUGCCCGACCAGCUUUAAGGUAGGCCUGGGCGUUGGGAGGUGUCACCCCAUCAGCGGGCAGCAGACCUCCGGGAGAAGGCAUACUGUGAUUAGCAGGCUGCGUGCCCUGACACACCUGGUUUGCGUCUUCAUGCCCUUUGGUUUUUAACCUUGUCCACAAUGAUUUUCCCCAUAGACAAAACUAUGGAUUCCACAUUUGUAAGCUCUGAUGAGUUCCCAUGUAUUGGGGGAGUUUCGAGUUCCAGAUCAUUCAGAUGGAAAAUGACAUGAGAAACCCAGAGCAGUGUGUCUGCCGUUUCCCACGUGGAUGGCUGUGCUUCCUCUGAUCACCCACCACUUGUUAGACGCUCUCGGCCCCCUUGAUGACAGCUUGACACAGAUGACUUAUUUUUUUCUUUCAAGAUGUAUUUUAUUUAUUUGAAAGGCAGAGUUACAGAGAGGCAGAGGUAGAGAGAGAGAGCGGUCUUCCAUCUGCUGGUUCACUCCCCAAAUGGCCACAGCUGCCAGAGGUGGGCUCUUCCAGAGCCAGGAGCUUCUCCCAGGUCUCCCACAUGGGUGCAGGGGCCCAAGGACUUGGGCCAUCUGCUGCUUUCCCAGGCACAUUAGCAGGAAUCUGGAUUAGAAGUGGAGCAUGGGCUGACGCUGUGGUGUAGCGGCUAAAGCAGCUGUCUGCAGUGCCAGCAUCUCAUAUGGAGAUCAGUUCAACUCCCAGCUGCUCCACUUCUGAUCCAGCUCUCUGCUGUGGUCUGGGAAAGCUGUGGACGAUGCCCCAAGCCCUUGGGCUCCUGCACCCGUGUGAGAGAAACGGAUGAAGCUCCUGUCUCCUGGCUUCAGGUCAGCACAGCUCCGGCCACUGCAGCCAUCUGUGGUGCCCCUUUGCCCCCGGGGUGCUGACGUGGGGCAACUUCUGCUCACUGGGAAGCAAGGGAGGUGGAGAGGUGAGGACAGGACCACAACAGGCACCGCGACCUCCCUAGUGGGCCAGGGAAGGACCAGCUUCAUCCUCUCAGCCCAGGGAACUGGGACGGGAAGGGAGGGGCUGGUGACCAUGAGCACAGGGAGCCUAGGGCCAGGCAGGGGCUCUUGCUGCCAGUGGGGGCUCCGGGCCUGUCAGAGGUCCACCUUCGUGGGUGUGGGGCAGCGCCCCCACAGCGGUUGUGGGGUGCCUGUCUUGAGCAGGGCCAGGCUGCCCAGGGCUGAGAUACCUAUAUCCCCAUAUCAGCUCUGCCCAGGACGUCACCCUGGAACUAACGAGUCCGGGUGGCCUGCCUGAGAGAUGCUCAGUGCUGUGAGUGUACACCUGGGGCUCAAGGCACCUGGGACCCCCACACCCCUCAGGGUCCCCCACCGCCCACCCUCCCCCCGUGCCCUGGCCUCCUGAGGUCAUGCGCCCCACCUCACCCCUCCUCUGUCAGCCAGACCCAGGCCAUCUCUCCACCACUCUGCUCCUACUUAUUCUCCAGGUUCUAGCACAACAUGGAGGCAGAAGCCCUUAUCCCCAUGCUAAGGUGGGCUGCUGAGUCAUGCCAGAGACAGCCCAAGAUGGCUCCAUCCCUGCAAGUCACCGGAGCCCACCCUCCAGCCACGGGGCCUCUCUCCCUGCAUCUGUGGGAACAGCCUCCAAGUCCGACUCCUGCCCCAGGCCCCACUCCUGCCAGCACAGACCCGGGGGCAGGGCCAUAAGCUGCACCCUCCCUGUGGUCUGUACUGCGAGAGCCCACAAGCAGGUUCAGAGCCACAGAGACCACAUCCCUGGCCACCCUUCAGACUAGGUCUUCGUAAGCCUUGAGCCUAGCCCUGAAGCCAGGCACCUGCUGGACAACUGCCCACAUGCUAGGCUGGUGCCCCAACCCUGUGGACACAGCUCUGGAGUGGCGAUGGCCAGGCUGUGUUGCCUGGGAGCAUGGGGACCCGCAAGCCACCCCCUCUACUUAACAGAAACAGAGGCCUCAGAGUAAGAGUGCCCAGUGCUUGCCCCACGUCCAGCUCUGUCUCUGCCUGCAGUCCUGAGUCCCAGAGUCACUCGGCUCUGGCCAAAUGCUGACCAGUGCCUGCCUGUGACCACAGCUGGGCUCAAGGUCGGGGCCCGGGGACAGGUGUGCCGCCUCAUGUUGGGGUUUCUGACCCCAGUCCCGCCCUGGGGUGAGCUGGGGUGCGGAGGACUCACUGCAGGAACCCAAGCCUGUCAGGGACGAGGCAGCCGCCCUCAUCGUCCUCUUCUUCAGUCUCCAAAAGUGCUACUCCUCGGAGUCCCUACAGCCGAGAGUGUACCCGGAUAAGAAGUCACUGGGGGAGCUGUCUGCCCGUCCCCUCUCCCCGUGUCCCCAGGGAGGCGGGGUCUGGCUCUCACAGGCACAGUCCUUGAGGCAGGGCCCCACCUCCUCCCUCAGCAACCUGGCCCGUACCUGCUCAUAUUUCAUGAUGAGCGCUACUCUCUCCUGGGCCCUCCAGGACCUCAAGGCAUUCACAUCCAAUCUGUAAGACACACACGCACAUGGGAGCCAGCACUGGGGAGCCCACGGGAAUGCUGACCUGAGGGCUGUCCCCCUGGUCAGAGGGGGGGCUGCCACACAGCCAGGCAGGCGGGAACCUGGUGUCUGGGUCCCUGGAGGAUGACUUGUGCAGAGCUCAGGGACUAGGCACCGUGGGGAAGGACAGCCCCCACCUUGCCUCCCCUGCCCUCGGAAAGGAUGCUCCUCCCCCAGCCUGGCAGCCACGAGUCUUCCAGGGAGCCCAAGUCUAUGGGGCUCCCCGGCCUGCU